ACAGUAUGCCACGUGGCAAUUGUCAUCUUCUGAUCGGAGCUAUUAAUCUGAUAAGAAGAAGGCCUGACGCAUAAACGCACCGUCCAUAGCUGCUUCAGUUGGGUUCCCGAAGAGAGCACAAAACGAGAUCUGUUAAAAUAGAGUCCGAUAGAAAGAAAGAGAAAGAUUUGAUCUCCUCUGUUGAUCGAUCCACAGAAAGAGAAAGAGACAAAGAAAAAAGCAAGAAGAGGAAGAAAAUGGCGACAGCCAAUCAGGUCAGGGCAUCUCACAUACUUAUAAAGCAUGAAGGCUCUCGAAGGAAGGCGUCCUGGAAGGAUCCGGAAGGUCUCGUUAUCAGGAACACCACUAGAGACUCCGCUGUCUCUCAGCUUCAACUCUUCCGUAACGACAUCAUUUCUGGCAAGGCUAAGUUCGAGGACAUCGCCUCUCGCUUCUCCGAUUGCAGCUCCGCCAAGCGCGGUGGCGAUCUCGGGCCAUUUGGUCGAGGCCAGAUGCAGAAGCCUUUUGAAGAUGCAACAUUUGCUCUUAAGAUUGGUGAGAUAAGUGACAUCGUGGACACCGACAGUGGGGUGCACAUCAUUAUGAGAACUGGUUGAUUAUAGGGUAUUGAAUGUACCGAAUGAUUUUUCGGUAUACUUUGCAAACAGAUUCAAGUACGUCAAGAUUUUAUUUUACUUUAUUUUAUUUCCUGUUACCACCAUAUUGUGAUGCUGCCUCUUGGGUUCUUAUCGUGUGAGAUUUUUAACUCAUUAACGCGUUAUUCUAAAAAUAUAUGGUAGUGGUUUGGGAUAAUUUUUCUGA